AUGGAGGCCAGCCCAGCAUCCAGGCCCAGACCCCUGAUGGAUCCACGUAUGUUCACUGGAAACUUUGCCAAUAACCCUGGGGUCUUCGGACGGCACCAGACAUACUUGUGCUAUGAGGUGAAGCGCCAGGGUCCCGAUGGCACCAGGGACUCGGUGAAUGAGCAGAGGGACUUUCUAUGCAAUCAGGCUAAGAAUCAUCUCAGUGGCUCUGAAGGCCGCCAUGCAGAGAGGUGUUUCCUGGACCGGAUUCCUUCUUGGCAGCUGGACCCGGCCCAGACCUACAGGGUCACCUGCUUCAUCUCCUGGAGCCCCUGCUUCAGCUGUGCCCAGGAGGUGGCUGAAUUCCUUCAAGAGAACCCGCACGUGAACCUGCGCAUCUUCGCUGCCCGCAUCUAUGAUUAUCUCCCACGAUAUGAGGAGGGGCUGCAAAUGCUGAAGAAUGCUGGGGCCCAAGUCUCCAUCAUGACCUCUGAGGAGUUUAGGCACUGCUGGGACACCUUUGUGGAUCACCAGGGACACCCCUUCCAGCCCUGGGAGGGCCUAGAUGAGCACAGCCAAGCCCUGAGUGGGAGGCUGCAGGCCAUUCUCCAGGGAAACUGA